AUGAUAUCCUGCGUCUUGUGGACUGGUGCCUGCGAGGCAUCUAACCAGGUUGCAUACUUAGCGCACGAACGACCUACGACUGCUGAUGCAAGUAUCGCUGCGGUGUGCCUCCAAGAUCAUCAACCGAAAGGUUUUUAUGGGUACCAGUCAUUGGUGAACCACAAUGAAAGGGUUGAUGCUCUGAGGGACCUUACCGGUGUGACUGCCAUGGUGUUCCUGACAUUGUUGAAUUUGUUGUCAAAGGUGCGUGGGGAGCGAUACUUAAAGCUGGGUAUGAAGAGCAAGCUCCUGCUUUUUCUGGUCAAGAUGAAGCAUGGACUGACCUUCUCUGCCUUGGGUGUAUUGUUUGGUAUCCACCGAACCAGUGCGUCGCGCAUCUUCUACACGAUUCUAGAUGUGCUCUAUGUUAGUACGCAGGAAUGGACCCAAUGGUUUUCUAGAGAUGUUCAUGCAUCAAUGCCCGCAUCGUUCCAGUCGAAGUAUCCUAAUUGUAGGGUUAUCGUCGACUGCAGUGAAGUCCGGAUUGAGAAACCGAGCAAAGUCACUGACAGAGUGAACUGCUGGAGUAAUUACAAAAGUGACUUCACGCUGAAAUAUCUUGUUGGCAUCACGUCAUCUGGGUACAUCACAUUUCUUUCAGAUGUUUAUGGCAGAAGAGCAAGUGACACUUACAUCAUAGCAAACUCUCGGUUGGUUAACCUGCUAGAACCAGGUGAUAUGGUUAUGGCCGACAAAGGGUUUCCACACGUGAAGGGUGACUUGGAGAGUAAAGAUGUGACUCUCGUUAUGCCACCAUUUGCAAAAGCUAAUGAACAGUUUACGGAGGCAGAGAUGAAGGAGACAUACAAGGAUGCAUCUCAUCGAAUUUAUGUUGAGAGAUGUAUUCAGCGGAUUAAGAGUUUUCCCAAUCUUGAGCCAGAGUUUGACGCCAGAACUCAAAUGCCACAUAGACAAACUUCUACAUGUAUGUAG